AAAAAAGCAAUGAGUCCGACAGACACAUACGAAGCAGGGUGAAGGGGAGGGUGAGCCAGGGUGAGUCCAUGAUUUUAAGUAGAAUGGCCUGGAAAGGCCUCUCUGAGAAGAUGCCUCUUGCCUGGAGUCCAGAAGGAGGCAAAGGAAAGAGGGUUUCAGGCAGAAGGAACUACAAGUGCAAAGGCCCUGGGGCUGGAGUGUGCCUGGAGUUUUCAAGCAGCCCUUGUGUGCGGGGCAGGUAAGUGUAUGAGAGCAGCCAAGUAUGAGGUAAGCAGGGCCCUGUGGGUAGCAGUGAGGACAGACGGAAUGACAUACCCUGACUCGUCCUUGGACGGUAUACCUCUGUCUGCAGCACCAAGAAUUGGCUUUGGGUGGGGGGUGUUGCAGAGGUCAGGGGACAGCAGUGCCAGUGCUGACCGUGACCAGAGUCCGGAUCUAUCCUAACACAGAGCAGCCACGACUUGAGCCUCCCCCAAACAGUGGCUAUCGAUGUUGACUUUGGGUGGGUCCAUCGGAAUAGCUUAGAUACUGGCCACAAAGGGUUGUAAGAACCAAAUAAAAGCUCCAGCUGAAUCCUGAUCUUUCCGGAUUUUUCUGAGGGGUUUACGCUAAGCUGAGCUGACUGCUCCCGGAGGAGAGAAGAUUCCCUGCGCCCCAAGAUUCUCCAUCCUCCUCUGGGUCACCGCCACCCCAGGUUUCCUAGGGUUCUCACAGAAGCAAAACAGACUUCUGCACGUGUCCUCCAUGCCGCGAGAACGGAUUGGCUCCUGAGGGAUACGCGGAGACCCAGUGUAAGGCGAGGGCUCUGUGGGCCGGGCCGGGAAGGACGGACCUGCCAGACCUGCUCAUCUGCCUCCCGUUCAGUCUCGGGUCAGCCAUCGCUUCUCCGCCACAAGGACGGCCAGGGCAUGGAGUCUGUCCCCGGGAGAGCAGUCUUUGGGGCCUGAACUUUGAAUUCUGGAGCAACUCGGGGCUGGAGAGAGCAGGAAGCCCAUCUUGGUGCUGCUUUGGCCGGCUGUUCCCGCCGGGGGCCCAUCCUGCCCUGCAGCCACAGGGGAAGGAAGGGGCGGCGGCGGAGCCACAGCUGGCCACGGAGGGGCACCACAGCUGGCCACGGAGGGGGCUCCAGAUCGCAACCCACCGCGAGGAGCUGCUGGCAACACAAGAUGGACAGACCUCUUCCAGAGGCAUUUGACUCCAGCUGCUCCAGCUUGUUAUUCCAAAGGAAAAGAACCAAAUCCCAGGAAUUCAGGGGUCUAAGAGAAGCAUCCCCAUCUGUGCCCAAGGACCUCACCAUAGCACCGAGGGGGUUGGAGGAAAAGUAGAAACAGCCUAAUGCUGGCCCCGGGGGCAUCGGCAGAAGUCAGCUGUGGCUUGUUCAUAUCAUUGAAUCCAGCAUGAGUUAAAAAAGGAGGAGAUUCUGUAAGCGACUAAACCUCGGAGGGGGGAACACGUGGCGUGUAGAGCUGUGCCCAGCGUGACACUGUUUAUAGAAAGUUAGAGUCAACAGGAAAGACACCAUUUAUGUUCAGCUGCUCCUCGCACAAGGAAUCGUGUAAAAGUGGGCGUCUGUUUGCAGACACACCCACACGUGGGACACGGCCCAGCAGCUCCCUCUGGGCACAGGGCGAGGGCCAGGCUGCAGCUAGCAGGACUGAGCCCACUCUAACGACGCAUUCCCUUAACGAGGAACCUUCUGCUGAGUCUGAAUGACGGGCACACAGAUGUGUUGUCUGUUUGUGGGACUUUUUAAAGAGCUUGAACUAAGGGGUGUCUGUGUGGCUCGGUGGGUUAGGCCUCCUGCUCUUGAUUUCAGCUCAGGUCGUGAUCUCAAGAUUGCGAGAUCGAGCCCGGACUCAGGGUCCGCGCUGGGCUCUCUGUCGAUGUCUUAAAAUAAACAAAAACAAAACAAGAAAAAUACACUCGAACCAGCCCAGGAUUUAAAAGCAUUUCAGAGCCGUUUGGAUGGAAAAUGUUCUAAUGACCCUGUGCCAGGGCCAGGAGGGAAGAGAGAGACUUAGCCAGGGGCUCGUCGCAAAGCUGGAGGCGCCGGGUGAGCUCCCCGGGCGGGAGGCUGAGCGCUGCCCUCCCAGGUGCUUCCAACAGAAGGUCUUGGAUUUUAGGUCAGUUGCAUCAACACGCCCCGCCCCAGAGCGGCUGGUCAGGCAGUGUCCCUGAAGCUUCUGCCGUCCUCAGCCCUAAGGAGCCGUCUUAGACGUUUCCUCCCUCGCCGUGCUCCCGUGAGAGCAUCGUGUCACAGGUGUGCUGAAUGUGUUUGUGCACAGCUGAGCUUUGUACGUGUCAGGCGUUCCUGGCCUCGGGGCCAUGGCGAUGCUGCGCCGGACAGAGUCCACGCUGACCGCGCUGGACGAGGACGCGCUGUGGGAGCUGCUGGAGAGCCACCGCCACAAGAUCGUGCGCAGCAUCUGCCCCAGCCGCCUUACCCCCUACUUGCGCCAGGCCAAGGUGCUGGACCAGCUGGACGAGGAGGAGGUGCUCCACGGCCCCAGGUUCACCAACACCGUCAUGCGAGUCGGGCACUUGUUGGAUUUGCUGAAGACGCGCGGGAAGAACGGGGCCAUUGCCUUCCUGGAGAGCCUGAAGUUCCACAACCCGGACAUCUACACCCUGGUCACCGGGCUGCAGCCCAAGGGGGACUUCAGCAACUUCAGUGGGCUCAUGGAGACGUCCAAGCUGACCGAGUGCCUGGCCGGGGCCAUCAGCAGCCUGCAGGAGGAGCUGAGCCAGGAGAAGGGGCAGAAGGAGGCCCUGCUGCGGCGUUGCCAGCAGCUCCAGGAGCACCUGGGCCAGGCCGAGGCCCGCGUCCAGAGCCUGGGCCAGAUGGAGGCCGACCACGACCGCAUGAAGCGCGAGGUCAGCGCCUACUUCCACGAGGUGCUGAAGCUCAAGGACGAGAUGCUUGGUCUGUCCCUGCACUAUAGCAACGCGCUGCGGGAGAAGGAGCUGGCCGCCACGCGCUGCCGCAGCCUGCAGGAGGAGCUCUACCUGACCAAGCAGGAGCUGCAGCGCGAGAAGGUGUCUUCCUGCCACGCGCGAGAAUUGCGGGAGCGGUCCCCGCAGACGGCCGGGGACGGGGACCUGGAGCCCGGGGACAAGGCGCUGAGCCGCCUGAAGGAGGAGAAUGAGAAGCUCCGGUCGCUGACGUUCAGCCUGGCGGAGAAGGACAUCCUGGAGCAGAACCUGGACGAGGCCCUGGAGAGCAAGCAGGAGCUGGUGGACCGCAUCCACUCUCUGAGGGAGCGGGCCGUGGCCGCCGAGAGGCAGCGCAAGCAGUACUGGGAAGAGAAGGAGCAGACCCUGCUCCAGUUCCAGAGGACGAAGGUGGACUGUGACAUCUACAAGGAGAAGGUGAACGCCCUGCAGGACCAGCUCCGGCAGCUGCAGAAGGAGAGAGACCAGGCCUACUCCGCCCGGGACGCAGCCCAGACGGAGAUUUCUCAGAACCUGACGGAGAAGGACGCCCUCCGCAGGGAAGUGUUCGAGCUGACGGACCAGGUCUGUGAACUGCGCCAGCAGCUCCGCAGGCCAGCCGAGUCCCCACAGGGGGCUGAGCAGGAAGCCGGAGCCAGGGCACCGGGUCUGAGGGGGAAGCAGCCGCUCGUGCGCAUGUUCGCCAUCUGCCCGCGGGAUGACAGUGACAACAGCAGCCCCAGCUCCACGGAGCUCUGCUCUGACCUCAACGCCACGUGCAACCGUGAGCUGGUGGACAGCUUCCGCUCCAGCAGCCCCCUGCCUCCCAGUCCACAGUCCCUGUACAAGCGGGCUGCAGAGGACUUCCGGGAAGACUCCUGGUCUCUUAGUGGUUUCCUAGAAAUCCAGCAGGUGGGCCGAGGACUCUCCCGGGGGGUAAAGGCAGGGGAUGCCGACCUGGAUUAUGAGAUUGUGGACAGAGCAGACCUUCCUGAGUGUGAGAGCAGCCUGCAGCCCUGCGCCGGGGACCUCACCGCCUCGUCCAGCAGUGUCCCGGUGCGGAGGAGGCAGGCGCGUAAGAUCCUGAGCCAGGUCACCGUGCUGGCCUUCCAGGGGGACGCGUUGCUGGAGCAAAUAAGCAUCAUUGGUGGCAACCACACGGGCAUCUUCAUUCACCGGGUCACCCCUGGCUCGCCGGCGGACGAGAUGGCCUUGCGCCCGGGCACCCAGAUCAUGAUGGUGGAUUAUGAAGCAGCAGAGCCCUCGUUCAAGGCCACCUUGGAGGACACGACCCUGGAGCAAGCUGUCCGGCUCCUGCAGAGGGUCAACGGCUUCUGCUGCCUGUCUGUGAAGGUCAACAUGGAGGGUUAUAGGAGGUUGGUCCAGGACUUGGAGGCCAACGUGGUGACCUCAGGGGACUCCUUCUACAUCCGGGUGAACCUGGCCAUGGAGGCGCGGGCAGAGGGGGAGCUGGCGGUGCGAUGCGGUGACAUCCUGCACGUCAGCGACACCCUGUUCCAGGACCGCGGCUGCUGGCGCGCCCACCGCGUGGGCCCCUACAGCACGAAGGGCGUGGAGCACGGCACCAUCCCCAACUAUGCCCGGGCUCAGCAGCUGCUCAUCGCCCUCAUCCAGGACAUGGCUCAGCAAAGCACCGCCAGCCGCAAGCAUGGGGCCCGAGCCUCCUGGCUGUUCAGUGAGCACAGCCUGGUCGUCCAGGGACCUGCCUGGAUUUGGCAGUGCGCCAGGAUGCGGAUGGCUUGGACACCUGCUUGUCCCUCUUCCCUCCUCCAGCAGUCUUCCGGGGGACCCCAGAAGCUGGUCCGCAUCGUCAGUGUGGACAGAACCAAGGCCAGCCCUCUGCGCUCGUCCUUCGAUGGGGCCCUGUGGGAGCCCAGCAAGCUGGAAGAGCCCUCCACUGCGUGCUUCUGGGCCGAGAGCUGCUUCACCCUGGUGCCCUACACCCUGGUGCACCCCCACAGGCCCAGCCAGCCCCGGCCCGUGAUCUUGGUGCCCAGGGUGGUCGGGAAGAUCCUCAGCGAGAAGCUGUGCCUCCUCCAAGGGUUUAAGAAAUGCCCAGCAGAGUACUUGAGCCAGGAGGAAUACGAUGCCUCCAGCCAGAGAGGGGACAUCAUCCAGGAGAGGGAGGCGUCCGGUGGCCGCUACUGUGUGACCCGCCAGGCUGUCGAGUCCCUCAUGGAAAAGAACACCCACGCCCUCUUGGACGUCCGGCUGGACAGCAUCUGUGCCCUGCACAGGAUGGAGAUCUUCCCCAUCGUCAUCCACAUCCCCAUCAACGAGAGAGCAGCAAAGAAACUCAAGAAGGCCCUGCAGCGGCUCGGCACGUCGGAGGAGCAGCUCCUGGAGGCGGGCAGGCAGGAGGAGGCCGCGCUGGACGGAGCGCCCUGUCUGUACGGCAGCCUGGCCCCCGACGGCUGGAGUGACCUGGAGACGCUGCUCGGCUGCGUCCGCUUCGCCAUCAGGGACGAGCAGCGGAAGGUCGUGUGGACGGAGCAGAGCCCCCGCUGACGGCGCCGGGGCCCUUCCAGGGGCCGCGGGGACUUCUGAGUCCCUGUGAUUUGAGCUCAGCCUCGUGGACACAGCCUCGGGCGUGCUCGCCCGAGCCCAGCUCUCUGGGCAUCUCGUCCCCUCUCCCGCUGGGGCCCAACCUUGAACCCCACUCUGUGCAGGUCACAGACAGGCAUUCGAACCGUCUGCCCACUUUUCUGCCACGCCGUCUCCUCCAAGGCUUGGUUGCCGUGUCCGAACCAGAGGCCCCGAGAACACGUCUCCUGUAGACGUUUCCAGAAAACCACCUGUCUGGCCCCGAUCUCCCCUUUUGCAUUUCAGGGUGCCGAAGGGCUCGUUCCCGAGCUCCUGAGGCACGAGGCUGGUAGCCCUGGUGCCCCCGAAGUCACUGGCACCCCCGCCCAGAGCGGAGGCACAGGACCCCUGGUGAGGUAAUCUCACGGACUGCCUUAGCGGCCAGAGAGCUGCUUCAGGGGCUCGAGUUUGGAGAGUCGUGUGUACCAAUUGGGAGAUACGGUUUCCCAGGCACGGAAACAGUGUUUUCAGUGGGUUUCUGCCUGGUGGCCACCAGACCCGGUGUGCCCGUGGGGGCGCCCUGGAGAGGCCACCCACAGACACCCUCGCACACGGGCCGGGCUGCCCCGAGCCCCACAUCUGCCCCCCUCUAUGGGGCAGUAAAGAGCCUUUACUCCACCUCCAGAGCUCAGGAGACACGUGGGCAUGGCCGGGCCAAGCACUCCUGGGCCCCCCGCCCCCUGGCCUUGCCCCCCACUGUAGCAGACUGA